GAGAGAGGCAUGGGAUUUCAGCUUCAGUACCAUGCUUACUCUUGCGAUAAUUAAAUGUCCCUAAUACUUCGUAAUCAUCAUCCAUCACCAGAAUUUCACAAAGGUCUGGUGCUCCACUGCGCGAAUCUUUUGUAUACAUCCUGGCACAUAAUUGCUCGUAAACAACCACGACGGGUUCUCAGCAUGACUAGCCAGCAUCCCUUGGUACAGACGCCUUCUGACCGAUUAAGUCACCUCUCCGGAAUCCCACUUGAUAUGAUCCUCCAACAUCUCGAUCUUACAUCAUUCACCAAUUUACGUCUUACCUCACGCCAGCUAUCCACCAGUACCAUCUCUUCUCAUUUCUUCAGAUCCGCCAAGACCGAUCUAUCUCUGAGUAGUCUACAAUCUCUUGCAAAUAGAGUCUCUCAUCCUCAGCUGGGACCCGUACUGAUAGAGCUCACUGUUGUUUCAACGCUCUUUGAUACCCAGCCAGCUGAGGCUACUGUGCAAACUAGAAAGAAAUGGUCUGGAUUCGACAAGGACGAACUGCGGCGUGAUACAGAGAAUUAUCGCCAACGCGUCGAAAAUCUGCGCGAGAGGAACGUGGCUUGUACUGAAGACGAAGUACAAAAGGCGCAGCAAGAUCUUGAAUGGAUACGGACAAGAAUCCAACAAGAUACAAACACGGACGUCAACCAGGUCACUGACUUGCUGUCCAGCAUCUUUGAAAUUGCUGCCAAUCUUCGGGCUAUCAAUCUAGAUGCCUGUAUCAUCGCAGGUCAUACCAAGACCUGCCGACCAGCUGAACAUUAUCGAUGGUAUCGAUCCGCCAACCAGAACUCAAGUUGGCCUUCAAUCUGGACCGCAGCAUCUCAAACCUUCCGCCUCGUCACCUCAGCCAUAUCCCGCAGCAGGAUUCAGCUUGAAAAGCUCCAGAUCUUUCCCGACACGCCAUUAUGCAGUGUGCAGCUGAGACAUGUUGAAGAUCAUUUGAGAACGCUGGGCUCGGCUGGUUUCGCAGCUGCUUGCAAAAGCAUCAAAUCUUUCGGGCUGAGCUUCUCAACGCAUAUACUCAUCGAAGCACCGCCCACCCAGGGAGAGUGUCUUUUUCGUCAUGCUUUUGCAGCAAAGUCUCCCUACAAGCUCAAUCAGCAUCUUGAGUCUGAUGCGGAAGAUUUCACUGGCGCAGCAACAAUUCUUACAUAUAUGCCCAAUCUCACGUCCCUGGAUCUUCAUCUUCAUCAUUUAGAUCAUCUCGUUCUUCCAAAAUACACCAAGGUCUUUUCUCAUAUUAGCCAGAACAUUAGACUCAGCCGUUUGAGGGAACUUUCUUUGCGAGGUCUUCCCCUGCGACCAGACGACCUCAUCCUCUUCUUAACAAACCAACCCACUAUUACAAAGCUGUCUCUUGAUGGCAUUCUCCUAGUGGGCGGAUUAUGGUCAACCGUGUUCUCAUGCAUCGAGGCUAUGCCUGCCUUGGAGAGUCUUCACCUCAGCUCCCUUAGUACGGAAUACCACCAUAUAACGAAUCUCGACCCAGUAGAGCGCACUGUCGAAGUUGACUUGCAGGACAGAGAGAAGUGGGUUACUUGCGGAGAUGGAUAUAUCCUGCACACUCGAGGUGUGUGCAGAGAGGAGAUUCGGCAAGGGCUGGAUUUUAGGCCUCAGUCGGGACCUCGAAACAUCUGGCGUGAUGAUACGUGGGCGUACUUUGACCGUAUUCAGUACGAGUUCGGGCCUCCUUCGCGUGUAUGGGAGUGGGAACCAUUGACCGAGAAUAUGUAGCAUGCGUUGUUAAUGCAGUAGGAGGGAGAAGACUUACCCUAAGCAAAUAAUAAACAAUUUAUUAUCUAUCUCAGAGUAGGCAGACUUAAUAUAAAG